UGACAUAUCCGAUAAUACUAACGAUUUUCCCGAAGAACAAGCAUCUGAAAUUCCUGAAGAAUAUAAUAUUUCAGAUAAUUCUAACGAAUCUAAUACUGACAUUCUGUUAAUGGAAAGUAAUCCAAGAUUGGGAUUUUAUCUUCGUAGAACUACACAUAAAGAAAAGUCUGCUAAUAAUAAAAAUAGUGAAAUAUUAUUGAAAUCUGGAGAAUUUGGGAUUAUUGAGCCUUCUCCGGAUAAAGGUUUAAAUGCGGAAAAAUUUUUUUCCAAGCAUGCAUGUCAUCAACUUAUGUUGAGAGAAAUACUUCCAGGUCGAUUUUCGAAAGUUUCUUUUGGAAAGAAUUUUAAACCAAAUACCAAUGGAAAAGUUAUGAUUAAUUAUGGUGUAAGAGCGUAUUCUGGACAAUAUUCUCAAGAUGGAUCAUUCUUUUAUACUUGUUGCCAAGAUUUUCGUGUACACAUAUAUGACACUACAAAUCCCGAUGUAUUUAAAGAGACGAAAACAAUUACCGGAGAUUGUGGAAGGUGGACGAUUACCGACGCUAAUCUAAGUUUAGAUAAUCAAUGGUUAGCCUAUACAAGUAUCACACCAAUUGUAUAUUUGGCAAAGACGGAUCCUAAUGACGAGUAUCAAAUACCUCUCGAUUUCUCUAAACAAUUAUCAGAAGACUUCGGGCUAUGGUCAAUUCGUUUUUCAAAUGAUGCCAAGGAGUUGAUAGGAGGUGCUAAUGAUGGUAAAAUUUAUGGUAAAAUCAUUUUCUUAUUAGCACAAAAUGUUUUGCUUCAAUUAUAUGGACAUAAUGACGAUGUUAAUUCUGUAUGUUUUGCGGAUGAUUCAUCUCAUAUUCUAUUUAGUGGUAGUGAUGAUGCAUAUAUUAAAGUUUGGGAUCGUCGAUCAAUGAGAGGUGGUAAAGAAAGUGGUGUCUUAGUGGGACAUACUGAGGGAAUUACUUACGUAGCAGCAAAAGGCGAUGGUAGAUAUUGUUUAUCCAAUAGUAAAGAUCAAACUAUGAAAUUGUGGGACAUUAGGAUGAUGAUCUCUGGAGAAAGAUUUGACAAGAUUCAAUUGGAAGAUUAUCGACUAGAGUGGGAUUAUAGGUGGAAUCAUUAUCCUGGCGAUCGAAAUUUUAAACAUCCGCAAGAUGUGUCGGUAAUGACAUAUCGUGGACAUAGUGUAUUAAAAACAUUAAUAAGAUGUCACUUCUCUCCAUCAAGUACUACUGGUCAAAGAUUUCUUUAUACUGGGUCAGAAGACGGUCGUGUCAGAAUUUUUAGUCUCGAUGGCCGCAUAGUACAAACAUUAAAUGUCGUAGAAGCACUACAAGAUGAAUAUAUUUUAUUUCGACGUAAUAGAUUUCAACAAGAAUCCGUAACAAGAGAUGCUAGUUGGCAUCCUUAUUUGCCAAUUAUGAUUUCAACUAGUUGGUCUGAUACGGCAUUCUCUGGCGUUAUUGUUCAACAUUCCUAUAAAGAACCAGAUUACUAA